AUGAAGCAGGACCGAAGCAAUCGCGUUGAUACCAACGGCAAAGUUCUAACUAACCUCCGAUUUGCGGACUCCAUCGCUCUCUUUGCUAGCAACCUAUCCUCGAUGGUCAACGUCUUCGACCGAGUUUAAACAAAAUUGGCUUAAAGAUGAACGCUAAGAAGACGAAGUGAAGGCGCAACCGCUUCUGCGACAACGUCAACUUCAAAGGCCGAGACCUCCUAGAAGUCGACUCUUACGUCUAUCUUGGACGAGAAGUAAACAUGACCAAAACGCCGACAAGCAGAAUGAGCCGCCCUCAACUGUAUGA